AUGCAAACAGUUGAAAAUUAUCCAAGAGUGAAGCGAAUUAUUGAAGUUUUAAUGUUUUUCUCGAUUUUUAUAUCGAUUUUAUUGGUUUGGAUUCGUUGGAGUUGGAAUUUCUUGCAUUUUUUGAUUCCUAAAUUAUCGAUACGAAGACAAUGGACAUCGAUUUUGAUUGGUUUGAUACAUUGUUUAUUGAUUUUUGUGUUGAUUUAUGGAUUUGUUCUGGAGUUGGGAUUGCAUUCGGAAAGAAAACAACAAUUGAAAAAUGAAAGUAUGCAGAAUCCAUUAGAUGGUAUGGUUUUGUAGGAAAAAAAUGAUGAAGAAAUACUCAUCAUCUUAAAAAUAAUUGAAGUACUGUAAUAUUACUUUUGUGUGCCAGAAAUCGAAAUUAAACUCCCAUCAUAAUUUUCAGGAAAUUCGAAUUAGUCACGUCAUUUUUUCCUUUCAGGAAUCGAGGAAAAAAUCGGAAUUACAAUCAACAAAUUUUAUGAAAUUCCAAAGCUCCCUUCAGAAAUUGAAAACAAAUAUGAGAUUCAGAACUUUGUUUUUCAAAAAAUUGGAUUCCAAACAAUUGACAAUAUAACCAAUUAUGAAAUUAAAAAUGCCAUGAAAAAUUGUCCAAAAUCACUUGAAAGUUUCAAAAAAAUCCAGAAGUAUACAAUCGAAAUAUUAUUAUCGAAACAAUUUUAUAAUGUAAUUACUGAAUUUGAAUAUGAAUUUCAAGCGAGAGAUCUAAGAAGAAUUCAAAUACAUUUGGAAGAUAUAGAAGAAUAUUUUGAAGAAUUGGGACCAUUUGUUAGAAAAACAAGGAUUUUUGUUAAUGAAACUAUUCAUUCGAGAAUUGAGUUCAUAGUAAGUUUUUAGGGAAAAUCAGGAAAAAUUUGGAAAUUCUUUGGAAAAUUUUCUUUGAAUAUAUUUUCCCAUCUGAGUCACCCGUCAAGUUUUUGCUCUCAAAAGUCAUAUAUUUUUCAGACUGAUAAUUCAGCUCGUGGCGUUCACAUAAUAUUUAUCCCAACCGGUCUACUUAUACCAUUAUUCACAUUUUCAAUGCUCAUUAAUUUUGUCUGGCGCAAAUCUAGUCCACCAAAAAUCAUCUGCCAAUUUCAAAAAUCAGUUUUCUACCUGAUUUCAAUUUUAUUGAUUUAUCUAGCGAUUCGCGGAAUUAUUCAAAGCAACAAUUCAGAUUCAUUAUGUGUAUCCGACAAAUCAAUGAGUUUCAGUAUUCCUGUUUUGAACAUCAAUUUCAAUGAUGGUUUGAGAAGCUGUGCAGAACACAAUCAAUAUUUUUUUAACAAUGUAAAAAUGGCCAAAUUCACUUUUCUUGAAAGAUCGUCAAAAGUAUUGAAUUCAUAUUUGCAAGGAUUUUUUGAGAGAAAAUAUGAGCAACUGUCUUUUCUAAAAGAUUUCGAGCAAAAUUCUGAUUGUUUGAAUAAUUCGAAGAUUUCCGAGUAUUUUCGAACUAUUCGACAAUAUCUGAAUUUUAAACUUGAUCGCAAUUUUGCACGAUAUGCAAUUUUAAACUUCUAUAACGGUUCAUUAAAAGUUCUUGAAGAUUCUGUGAAACAAAUUAAUGUAAGUUUUUGUAGACAAGGGGAGACUGCAUCUAAUUGAUCAAAUUUCCAGGUCGCAAUCGAUAUUGCAAAUUUCGAAUGUGAACCAUUGUAUGAUAUAAUAUCAAAGUGUUUUGGAAAUAUUUCGAUAAUCGAAAAUCUGGUUGAAAUGUCAAUUGUUUUGUGUUGUUUAAUUUAUUUGGUGUUGUAUAUUUUGAUGUUAAGAAAAACUGGUAGGUCUCAAUUUUAUGACAAUAUUUAUUGACUAGUUGCUUUCUUUCAAAGACAAGUCGAUAUUUUUGACUAAUUUGAUACUUUUUCAUUUUUCUGCUGUCUCUUGAGGCCGUAAACACACUAAGUCAUGCGAUAAGUUUUAUUGUUAAAACUGUGGUUUAAUAAAAUAAAUAACUCAAAGUUUGCAAACUCGCUUGUCAGCACUUCGUGUAAUUUGCAUAAAACUCACAAUCACAACCCCAAAUUUUCUCAAAAUUACAGAAAAACUCACAUUUCCUCCAGAUUUCCUCGAAAUUCAGAAUCAUUUGACCAAACUUUUCUUGUUCCGGUAUUUCCACCAUUUCUCGGACUAUUUUCCUGUAAUGUAGAAAUUAGCAAACUCUAUAUAAAGUAAACCAAAAGUAAUGAAAUUCAAGAAAGUACAUUUUUCCAGAAAAUACCUUUUUGAGCACAAGUUUUUGUAUAAAACUAUCAAUAAUCAACUAAAACUGUGCUACUUGUGUUAGGAAAAGAAGUGAAUAUGAAUUUAACAACACAAUCCAUUCAAAUUCAUGAAAAAACAACAAAAAAUACGCGAAUGAAAAUUUUUCGAAAAACAAAAACAAGAAAAUAAAAGUAAAAAUGGAAGUGCGCCCCAUUGAUAAAAAUUUCAUGUCUCGCACAAGUGCGCUCUCUCAAAAAUGUGUGUGUUUCGUUGUUGCUAUUUUAUUAUCAGGUUUGGACUUGAUUUGACAUUUCUGAAAAAACACGAACAUUUUAAUUGGAGAAAAAUAAUUGUUUUCAGAUUUAUCGCAAUAUUCGGAAGAUAGACGUCAAACAUGGAUCGAAAAGAUGAACAAAAAUAUCGAUGCAAUGAUAAAUAUUUAUAAUGAGGAGUUAAUAAAUUACAUCGAUCCAAAAGCAACAUCCGAAUAUUUUGAAGCAAAUAUGGAAAAUAAUCGAUAUGACAAUGUUCCAUGCCAAGAUGAAUAUCGUAUUAUUUUACCCGGAUCAAAACAGUAUAUUCAUGCAAAUUAUUUGAAAAUCCCAAAAACUUUAUUGGAUCCAAAUGAACAUCGAGCACUUUAUGGAUAUUUGCGAAAAUAUAUCAUAACUCAAGCACCAAUUUUAUCAACAGUUUCUGAUUUUUGGCAAAUGUGUUGGCAGGAAAAUGUAAAAGUUAUUGUGAUGUUUUGCGAACAAAGUGAAAUGAUUUAUUAUCCAAAACAGAUUGGAGAAUCUUUUGAAUUUCCUGAUAGAGAUAUUCAAGUCAUAUGUCGUGAUAUUCAAAGACAUCCAAUUAAAGGUAGGGUUACAGAAAUUAAAAAAACUCCAAAAAAAUUUUUUGAAGGAGUGGAAUAUCGAAUUUUCGAAUUACGAACUCCGGAAGACACAAAACUCAUUCAACAUUUGUCUAUAAAUUGGUGGAAACAAAAUGAAGCACCAGAAAAUAUUCAUAUAUUUUUGGAUUUGUUUCGUUGGGUAAAUAAAAAAACUCGAAAAUUCAACAUGGAUUCGCCAAUUUUGGUUCAUUCGAUGAAAGGAAUUGGAAGAGCUGGAACAUAUGUUGCAUUUGAUUAUAUUUAUUCGAGAAUUUUUGAGGAUUCUUGUUUUGAUACAUCAAAGUUGAUAAUGGAAUUGAGAAAAUAUCGAUAUGGAUUGGUGGAAAGUUCAGAACAAUUUGUAUUUCUCAAUGUUGCUUUGGUCGAAUUUAUGGCAAUGGUGGGUUUUUUUUGUGGAAAGCAUUUUUGAUUUUUUAUGAAUAAUUUUUUUCUAUAUCUUUAUUUUUUCAGAAAGGAGUUUGUGACACGAAUCUCGGUAUAGAUCUUGUAGAAGAAUACGAAGAAUGGCUGGAAAAUUCGAGUUCCUCCAAAAAAACCGAAAUUUCAAAAGUUUGA